AUGGACCCCCGCCUCGCUCUUCUGGUGGCUUCGCUGCUGGAGGCCUACCUCCUCCAGCACACCCUGCUGCCUGGCUGGGCCUUUCGCACGGCGACGGCCUUGACCCUCGCGAUCAACUUGGGCCUCCAGCUGGUCUGGGGAGUCUUCAUCUAUCCGUACUUCGUGACACCAUUGCGUCAUCUGCCUACUCUUUCGGGAAACCUCAACCACGCCCGAGUUCUCUUCGACGACCCCCGCGGCCGUCUCCCCCUGCAAUGGAUGAAGACCAUCCCCAAUGACGGGCUCAUCCAUUUCCGCGAUAUUUUCAACCGGAGCUUCCUCCUGGCUACCAACCAUCAAGCACUACUGGAUAUCAUGAGCACCAACACGUACGACUUUGAGAAGCCGUGGCGCCUGCGUGAUUUCCUCGCCCGCAUCAUCGGGUUCGGCCUGAUUCUGUCCGAGGGUGUUGCGCACAGGAAGCAGCGCCGGGCGUUGACUCCGUCGUUCCACGUGCGAAACAUCCGUGCCCUGUACGGAUUGAUGUGGGAGAAAACGGGCCUGUUGAUGGGUGAGUUGCAGAAGGAGAUGGAUUCAAAUGAGGACAAAGUGGAGAUGAGUGUUUGGGCGAGUCGCCUCACGCUGGAUAUCAUCGGCCCUGCUGCCAUGGGCCGCGACUUCCGAUCGCUCCAUAAUCCCGAGAACAAGGUUGCCGACAGCUUCCUCGCCAUUCUAGAGCCCACACGCGAGAAGAUGGCGUUCUUGGCCGUCAACGGGCUCCUGCCCCAGUGGAUCGCGCGUCGACUACCUUGGCGCCUAAACCGGGUUAUAGACACAGAGACGGAGUUUCUGCGCCACAUGUGCAAGGAGAUCCUGGUCGAGAAGAAGGCUUCGAUUGCGUCGACCAAGCUCACGGCAGCGGAAUUGGAAGCGGAUAUUUUGGGGACGAUGAUGAUGGGAGGAGAUUUCUCCGAUGAUGAGUUGGUGGAUCAGAUGUUGACCUUUCUAGCUGCUGGGCACGAAACCACGGCUAGCGCCUUCACCUGGGGUUGCUACCUCCUAACCCAGCAUCCAACGAUCCAAACUCAGUUGCGGGACGAGAUCCGGGCUCGUAUCCCGACAGGCCAUUCCGCCAUUACCCACAACGAUCUAGAAUCGCUCCCCCUGCUCAACGGUGUAUGCCAGGAAGUACUGCGGCUGUAUCCGACGGUGCCGAUGACGCUGCGCGAGUCAGUACGCGACACAACAGUGGCAGGCCAACACGUGCCCCGAGGCACGCGCAUCCUGCUGUGCACAUACGCAAUCAAUCGGUGCCCCGAGUUCUGGGGUGCGGAUGGUGAGGCAUUCCGGCCGGGGCGGUGGAUUGACACGGACGAGAAGGGCAAUGCGGUGGUCAACCAGCGUGGCGGGGCGGUUACCAACUACGCACAGAUCACCUUUCUGCAUGGCCAACGGGCCUGCAUCGGCAAGGACUUUGCGCGGGCUGAGUUGCGAUGCGCCUUGGCUGGGAUUGUGGGCCGGUUUGCCAUGGAGAUGCAGGAUCCCAAGCAGGAAAUUCAUAUUGGGGGGGCUGUUACCACCAAGCCGGUGGAGGGGAUGCAUCUGCGGAUGAAGCGGGUAGAGGGGUGGUAG